CCAUCUGAGUCCUUUGUUUAUAUUGCCUUAUUUUGGACAACACCAUCUUACCCACCUACACUUAUGUAGACAUGGUCAACCACGUCUCUCUGACCCUCCACUUUGUUUAGUCAAACUGGGAGAAAAGCCAGAAUGACAACUCCAGAGUAUGUCUGUGCUAACUGGCACCCUGACCACACUGACUGCAAGAAGGUGGGCAAGUACACUUGCAGAAGCUGCCAUCUUGUCAAUUACUGUGGACCGGCAUGCCAACAGUCACACUGGCCUGAACACAGACUGGAAUGCAGAUCGCCUCUUAGCAAAGAAACCUGGCAGCCGGCCUGGGUUCUUGAGCGUCGAGAGCCGGAAUUUAUUGGAGAAGGAAUAGCAUAUCAUGGAGUGAGGAAAUACCUCUGGGGUAACAUCCCUGCCAUCGAUGUUCUUCAACUAGGAUUGAAUGAAGGGAAUGACUGCGGGCAAGACCUGCGCAUAUUAUUUGCUGCUUCGGGGGAUCUUCGAAAUCUUGUCGAAACAAUUGCUCGGCUUUCGAACAGUUACAGCCACUCUCUGGAGGCUACAAUAAAUGACCAAGACUUCGAUGUCGUCGCUCGGAAUAUCAUUAUACUUUUUCUUGCUCUGACCAUGGAGAACGUCGAUGAAGCAAUCGACUGCAUCAUCCAUCUCUGGUAUUCAGCUUUUGUACGCGAGUCAGACAUUUACAUUCUUCAGCAUCGGGUUCGUCCCUUAAUCGAAGACGUUGGUGCAAAGACCAAAGGCAAGGCACCAGAAUCUCUCUUGGCAAAGACAUGGGCAUUUGGGCAGCGCUCCCUCAGGAUUGUUCUUAAGAAGUCAUCAUGGGACCGCCUCUUGUCUUUUAUUGAAGUGCCGGCUGGCUUGACAGUCGAAGACGCACAAAGUAUUCGCGCAGCCAACACUCUAGCUAAAUCGCGGCAAGACUACCGUGAUCGACACAUGUGUUACUUGUCACCUUCGCGCAGAAUGGCUUUCCAGAAGUUCCGGGAAGAUGGCCUUCUUCUUCCUUUUGGAUACCCGCGGCAUGAGUUUCAAGUGCCAAACCCGACAUUCUUCCAGCUUGACAAUAUCUGGCCUAUGAAAGACGAUGCUGAUCCUCUUGCGGGAUGGUCGCCUAAAGAGGUUUCCGAUACGUCAAGUGGGCCUGCAUCUGCUGAUAUGUACGGAAAGCUCUUUUUCCACAUUCGCGGAAUACUUCAGUCCUUUCUGAGCCGACUUUCAAAUCUGAAUAUCUCUAUCACAAUGUACCAAGUUGACGCCCGUAAGCUACCUGGUCAUCUGAAGGGCGGCUCUUUCGAUCGAAUUGAGGUGUCUAACAUCUCGGAUUCUGGUUGGUUGGGAAUACAUUCUACGCUACGCUUCAUGAUACCCUUGCUUCAAAGCCCUCUCGAUAAUCCGCACGCGACCUUGAUUACUCUCUUCAUAAACGCAGUGCCAGAGAACUUAGCUCACCGAGAGGAACAGCAAGAUUGGGAUGCGCAUAUCUCAACAACAAAGCUCCUCUUGAAAUAUCUACCCUUUAAAGGCGCACCAACCUCCCCUUACGAUCCCCAGAUUAUCAAGAGGUUUGUUGGCCGGGAUAUUGUGAGAACCUAUGACCACAUCUUUGAUCGAUACUCGGAAGACAAGAAGUUCCGUGAGACUGCUGAUAUGCUGGGGGCGGAAAUGAAGGAAAGGCACACUAUCGUCGACAAAUGGCCGCUCAGAUUGAAGCUCAAGCCUGGUCAGCCAGGAGCACAAGACGAGUUUGAUCGUCUCAUUAGUGGAGGACUAACUGGGAAGGAACGAUAUGUAGAGUGGAAAAGAAUCCAUCGGGAUAUGCUUUGAAGAAAGCGGUUCCCGUGUCUAGGAUGCCGUUGGACUUGGGCAGAGCUUAUGUUCCAUCUCGGUCAUUGUCUCUGAUGCUUGUCACUAGCACCCACAGACAGUGAUAAUGCCGAGUUGGAACAGCAAUUUGGAAGCUAUCUACGUUUUCUUACUGGGUCGAUGUCCGGAUGCUAAUUGGAUACGGUGGUAUCUAUGCAGGGCUUAUAUGCCAACCACAACUGAUGUUAUGAUAUUUUGCACAGAUAAUACGCUCAUCUGAAC